GACCCAGGGAGCUCUAUAUAAACCAACAAAUCCAACAGCCAGGCUAUAGUUCACCAUCAAGAAGAAGCUAGAGCAGCAACAGCAAUUAAUGGCGCCGAUCAAAGUGUACGGGUGGGUGGUGUCGCCAUGGAUGGCGCGGGUGCUGGUGUGCCUGGAGGAGGCCGGCGUCGAGUACGAGGUCGUCCCGAUGAGCCGGUCCGGCGGCGACCACCGCCGGCCGGAGCACCUCGCCAGGAACCCAUUCGGUGAGAUUCCAGUACUGGAGGAUGGCGACUUGACGCUCUACCAAUCACGAGCAAUCGCAAGGUACAUCUUUCGCAAGUACAAGCCGGAGUUCCUGGGGCUCGGAGAGGGCGGCAGCCUGGAGGAGUCGGCGAUGGUGGACGUGUGGCUCGAGGUGGAAGCCCACCAGCACGAGCCCGCCGUGAAGCCCGUCCUGUUGCACUGCAUCAUCAACAAGUUCACCGGCCAGGACCGCGACCAGGGCGUCGUCGACGAGAGCGUCGGGAAGCUGGAGAAGCUGUUCGAGGUGUACGAGGCGAGGCUGGCCGGCUCCAAGUACCUCGCCGGCGACCGCCUCAGCGUCGCCGACCUCAGCCACUUCUCCUCCAUGCGCUACUUCAUGGCGACGGAGUACGCCGGCGUUGUCGACGCGUACCCGCGCGUGAAGGCGUGGUGGGAGGCGCUGCUGGCCAGGCCGUCGGUGAAGAAGGUCAUGGCCGGCAUGCCUCCGGAUUUCGGGUUCGGAAGCGGGAACAUACCAUAGUGCUGCUGCUUGUUUAGCUUUUGCGACUUGCUAGUAUAUUUUCUUAUCCAGGAAAAGAAGUAUUAAUUACCGCUCUAAACAAAUGGUACGUCACCAAGUUAUCUUGCAUAAGAGUUGUAAUAUUACAGAAUUAUGAAAUGGUUUUUGUUAUGAUGGAAUAAAUUUGUGUACUACCAAAACCAACACAAAGACAAAUUAAACGACAUCAUACACAUCCAAAUGACUAGUUAUCCCCUUUGACAUGUGUAUGUU